UAUACUUUACCAGUACAAUAAGUUGUAAGCAUGUCUUUUAUGUAAUGUUGAAAGACAAAUAAAACGUCAAUAGUUCAAUUUAAACUGACAAUAGGCAAAACAAAUAUUGAGUUGGAUUUUCGCAGUUAAUCAAUGAAAAAUAACAAUCAGUCUUGAGGUGUUUCUGUACAUCUUCGUAGACGAGUGUCAUUAGUGAGCUUCGAUUUUUUUAAAACAGCCGAGGAAAACCAAGAAUUCGUACCUUAAGAGGUCCUAUUCACCUUCUCUAGGUAGUAUGUUUAGCGGAAAUAAUGAUAUAGAACCAAUAUAAAACUACAACUUUACAGCAGUAAGUAAUAUGCACAGAGCCAAAAGGACUCAUAGAUAUUUACCAGAUACGGGUGAUCCAGAUAGUGAUGAUUACUAUAAUUCAGAUAAAGAUGAACGAGUUUAUUACAGCUAUCCUCAAAGGAGACGCUUAAUAAGAUUUGUACCAACAAGGACAGCCUCCGAACAGCGUGAUGACAGAAUUAUUAAAAGGUAUAGUGUUCGACAGAAAGAGCCAGAAAGAGUCCGCAUUAUGUAUCCAUCAUCUCAUAUCGUCAGGAGAACAAAUUACGAAACCGAAAGUGAAACUCGAUCUUCUUCUGAUUAUUACAGAGAUAACACAAAUUAUAAAGUACAUGUCAUUCGAUCAAAGCCAACUGGAAGACGGAAUAAUACAACAUCAAAUUUGCUUAAAAAGGAAGAACUUGAAACAAAUUCGUAUUCGUCUCCAUCAUUCCGAUUUAUCCGCCGGGUAAAUUCGGGAAGUGAAAGUGAAACUGAAUCUUCUACUGAUAAAAGUGAUAGUACUCAAACUAAAGCACGUAUCGAAAGGUCAAAAAUGAAAACUACGAGGUUUUCAAAUUCAUCUCCAAGACGUGUCAUAACUUAUCACAUCAUUGAAGAUCCUUCUAUUAGAAAAACAGAUCGGAAUGAAGCGAGUAAACUUGUAUCUUCAAAAAAUCGUAUGGUUGAUAGAGUAAUCGUUAAACCCGAUAAUCUUGUUAAACGUAAGCAGGAAACUCUUCCUCGAACAGUAAUUCCUGGAGGUCAUAAACAAGGACACAACUUGACCCAUCAAACCAAACUGGCAAUCAAUAACAAUGAUGGUGUUACUUUUCUCCGACCCUAUAGUGAGGUUCGUAGAAAGAAUGAGAUAAUUGAUAACAGAAGGGCUGUCAAAGAUAUACAGCAAUCUUUCCCAAACAAAACAAAAUGGGAAGGGUCUUUAGAAAGUGACUCGUAUACAAGUUCAUAUGAAAAUUCCGAAUCAGAUAGUAGUGAUGGAUAUACAACUGACAGUUCUGAAAUUCAACAAAAUGACAGAUAUAAUACUCAUUCUACGAGGUCAACACAGACAGAAUGUCUUCUAGUUGACUAUUCGAAAGUAGUAAAAUCUAGAGAAGAACAGAGAAUAUACGAACAAGAGCGACGUCGACAUGCGCAGGAAAGGCAUAUUGUAAGUUUAGUUCAAACGGAAGUAAACAAACCCCGUUUUAGCUCAAACAUUACCGGCGAUUCAUGUAUAACCGCUACUAUUGAAAACAAAACAAAACCACUUCCUAGUAAUACAAAGGGGACAAGCACGUUGGAUGAGCUAGAGAAAACAUACGACAUUAAGGAGAAAGUUAGUAUUGAUAUGGAAAGGAAAGAAAGAGAUGAGAGACGCAAUCAAUUAGAAGUAUGGGCAAAACCUGAGCUCAGUUUUGACAAUCGUGAAACAAUUUUAAAUAAUAAUAAACAGGACCCUCUUGUUUAUAAUUUGGAUAACUGUAGAAACAACUCCAAUACAAUAACUGACCAGCAAGACGAAGCACCUGAUAAUAUUGACGUAAAGAUCUAUUACGAUGAAGAUUUUGAAUCAAUGUAUCCGAAGCCACGUAAAAAAGGUUGCCAGUUAGUUUAUUAUAUAGAUUUGAGACCACCUACAGAAAUAGUAAAACCAAAACCAUUUGACGUAUUUGAAAGGCAUAUCGUACCUCAAAAGAAGCAUAAGAAAAGAUAUGCCGAUUAUGCAGUCAAGGUUGGUGGAGGAUGGAAUACAAUGAAUGACUAUAUGGAAAGACAUGAACCUGUGAUAAGAUUCGUUUAUGAAAGAGAGCAUUUAAAAAACUCUGAUUUACCGGAAAAAAAGAAAAAGUACUAUGGAUUUAGGUCAACUUAUAAGUCACCACGAUAUAAUCGAGCUCAUCGUACUAUAUAAAUCAAAAACUAUUUUUUCAGGACUUUAAGUUACAUUUUAUGUUAUUGUUGAUAUUUUAAGGUCCGGACCGCUGCUUGUUAGUCCCUUUGGUACCAUUUGCGAGGUCUCCACUGUCUAAUCUUUACAUGCUAUUUUCUUAUCAAAAUUGUUUAUUUUGUAACUAUAUAUUCGUAUUUAAACUAAGGUUUCAACUAAGGUUUCAACUCUAAGUAAGUCAUAUGCAGUUUUAGUUCUUCUGUUGUGAUUUGGUGUGGUUUUCCUGCUCCCAGAUAUUUAAUGUUUUUAACAUUUCUCAACUUUCUGGAGUGAAGGUUAUUGUAAGUUAAUACUAUUUACCAAAUAAAGAGUCUAGCACUGGUCACAUGAGACAUGACAAUUCUGAAGGCGAGACAUUUUAGAUUCAUAUGUUACCAUACGAGAUUUGCUGGUAGUUUUCGAUAUCUGAAAUAAAUAUGUGAAUAUCUUA